AGGCCGCUGCGGACCAGCUGUGCCUAGGUUCCCUCAGAGCGCCCCCACGCUAUCUGAUGUCUGGAAGAAGGCGGCGGUGCCCGCAAGGGCUGGAGCCGCAGGAACGACUCCCAGUGUAGCGACUGCGCGCUCCACAAACUGCAGACGAAAAGCUCGGGAGGACCCAGCCUGGCACCGCAGAACUGCUGGUUUCUAGCCCAGAACAUCCAGGUGCUCCAAGUCGGGGACUCCAGCUUAGCCAGAGCCCCUGCUCUCCUUGGGCGCAACAACUCAGUGACGAUCUAUCGCAGGAAGAGCUCGAAACCAGACAACAUGUAAGCUGGCCACUCCCGCGGAGAUCCCGCUUUUGGGAGUCUAGAUGCCAAGCUCAGAAGCAGCGAGGACCUCAGGCCAGACGGUUGAAGCAGGGCCACUGAUGUGGAGCAGGCUCCCCCUUCCUGUUCCUUGAUCCUUCGCUAUCAGUGAUCAUAUCCUACAGUGACAUUGUGCCUGACCACAGCUGCCUGGAGACAAGAAUGACUGAGAGGUCCACCAGCAACUGGAGCCCAGGCAGCUGGGUGCUAGCACUGUGCCUAGCCUGGCUGUGGACACGUCUGGCCUCUGCUUCCUUGCAGCCUCCAACAUCCACAGUCCUAGUGAAGCAGGGCACCUGUGAGGUGAUUGCCGCACAUCGCUGCUGUAACCGCAACCGCAUCGAGGAGCGCUCCCAGACGGUCAAAUGCUCUUGCCUUUCUGGCCAGGUGGCUGGCACGACAAGAGCAAAGCCCUCCUGUGUGGAUGCCUCCAUUGUCCUGCAGAAGUGGUGGUGUCAGAUGGAGCCCUGCUUGCCGGGGGAGGAGUGUAAGGUGCUCCCGGACCUGUCAGGGUGGAGCUGCAGCCGCGGACACAAGGUCAAAACCACCAAGGUCACACGGUAACUCUCGGAGGUCAAGGCUGAGGCCUUGACUCAGCUUGGGACUGAAGAAUGGCCUCCGGUCACCAGACAGCAGAUAGGAGGACUCACUCACCCGGACACGUGUCCUUGUCAAAUGUAACAUAAAUCUGUCAGGGCCCUGUUAAUCACACUGUUCAGCAGAAAUGCUUGGAUCUUCA